GCUUCGGGCGGUGCAUUACGGUAGUGCGGCGCUGUCAGGUAUUACGGUGAGGAAUUGUGACAGCGGGGAGCUGAGCGGGACACAUCGGGGGAUUGGCGGCGUGUGCAGCGGAUGUUUUCCCGGGACAGCCGGCACUGAUCGGGGCUCACCGACACCGGGGGGAGAGGAGAGCCGAGCAAAUACAGGAUUGAUUGCUGGUCUGUAAAAGAGAGGAAGACGAUGUCCUCCAAGCCGCCUCCUCCAUUAAUGAAGAAACACAGCCAGACAGACCUAGUAAGUCGGCUGAAGACUCGUAAGAUCCUGGGUGUUGGCGGGGAGGAUGACGAUGGAGAAGUACACAGGUCUAAGAUCAGUCAAGUACUAGGAAAUGAAAUUAAAUUUGCGGUAAGAGAUCCUAUAGGAUUAAGAGUAUGGCAGUUCCUCUCCGCUUUAAUGUUCACAGGAAUUGCUGUCAUGGCUCUCGCCUUUCCAGACCAGAUGUAUGAAGCCGUCUUUGACAAGGGCACAGUGAGCAGCAAAACUUCCACCCGUCUCUAUGGAGGGGCCUUGUUCAGCAUCUCAUUAAUUUUAUGGAAUUCCAUGUACACAUCAGAGAAGGUGAUCAUUCGGUGGACGCUGCUCACAGAAGCUUGUUAUCUCAGCAUACAGCUGAUUGUUACUACAGUGACGCUGAUCGAAAGUGGCUCUCCCACCGUGGCUGCUGCCAUUCUCCUCGGCUGUUGCCUCUUCUUCGUCCUCGUCAGCACCUACUUCUACUACCAAGUUGGCCGCAGGCCCAAGAAACUAUGAACUUGCGUUAUUUCGAAGGGUGGCAUUGCGUUUCCUUUUUUUUUUUUUUUAGAAAACGCUCGCCAACAACGCAAGAGCGUUGUAAAAAUUCAAAAUCUGGAACAAGGAAACCAAGAACUGUAGCCUCCGCCUUUUCCGCCUCCACAAGAUAUUGUCUGCGCUGUGUAACGGUUUGCCCCGCUGUGUAGUAUAGAUUGGACAGACGAGUUCCGUUUGCCACGCAGCAUGCACAGUACCCAUCUCCCAUUAUGUUUUUAGCUUACCCAUUCUUCAUUUGUAUGACCCUCUCCCCCUUUGUGUUCCCACCCUGUAGUUGCCAGUUGGCUAGUUCGGCAUGCUUCCACAUUUUUGGGAUAUUUAUCCAUUCUUAUCCAAACGGUUGUGGAAAAAUCUUCUUCUUUCUUCUCUUUUUUUUUUUUUUUUUUCUUUUUAAUCCCAAAGUCGAAGUAAAAAAAUAAAAAUGUGCUGCCUUCGAAUCUCUACUGCCACUCUACUUUUGCGUCUGAAUCAGAAAGUCCGCUAGCGCUUUGGCUGUCAAAGCAGUGCCUUGUACCCCCUCUGGCAGCCACUGGGUUAAACAUUCCACAAGCAAAAGAAUGUCCCGGAUAACAAUUCUUGGCAAGCGCUAUUGUUUGCUCGAAUUGGAGGAAAUCGCUGCCUUAACGCCUGAGGAACGUGCACGUGAAAAUUGAGUGAAAUCAUUGCAAACUGCCAGCUCAAUACUGCCUCGCUUGCCAGGUUUGUGGUACUACAGGGAAACACUUUGGCUUUGGAUGAGAUCGUUGAAUUAGAAUCGGUAUCCUUGAAAAAAAAAUAUUUUUUUUUUUGCUUGGUCCCCCCCAAUGGAUGCACGUGCACUGGUGUUCACUUUGGAAUGACACAGAGAAUUGACAGACGAGGCACGUUUCCUGUAUCCUGGAGGAAAGUGUUUCCACUCGGAUUUGGGUGACAGGAUGUUAUUGUGCAGAGCAGGAAAUAUGGAAAGGAAAACGACCACACCGUGAAUUCCCCGUAGACCUUGC